AUGUCAGAACCACUCUACCCAACGUAUUUGCCCACCCGGCCGGAAGGCUUUACUGCCACCAUUGACGUACCUUACUUCGAGGCCGGGGAGCCCGGGCUGCGUGCUGAUCCAGCCAAGCCCCAUCUGAGCAAAGCUGGCGCCGUUGUCGAUGACAUAACACCACGCAUAGGAACCGAGGUGUCCGGUGUGCAGCUGAGCUCCUUGGGCAAGGAUGGGUUGGAUGAAGUCGCCCUGCUAGCAGCAGAAAGGGGUGUUCUCGUUUUCAGAGACCAGGACUUUGCCGAUGUCGGGUUCGACAGGCAGCGGGAGAUCGUUGAGCACUAUGGGCCACUUCACCAGCAUCCAACCAUGGGGUAUCCAGCAGGCACUGGCCCCGAGUUCCACGUGGUAUAUGCGGACGAAAAAGCUGGCAACCUAAGGACUCUGCUUGGGCCACGCACCAACUACGACCUCUGGCACAUUGACCAGACAUUCACGCCCAACACGCCCUCGACCACAUUCUUCUGGGUGCUCGAGAAGCCCAAGUCGGGUGGUGGAGACACGGCCUUCACCUCACUGACACACGCAUACGCCGCCCUCUCGCCUGCAUUCCGGAACAUUCUGUCGCCCUUGAAACUCGCACAUACAUCCGCAUCCGUCGGGGAGGUAGCACGCGUCGGGGCUGAGCGGGCCUUGCGAGAAGCCGUCAACGCGACGCACCCCCUUGUCAUCCGACACCCAGUCACGCAGGAGCCGGCGCUCUUUGUCAACCCGACCAUCGCGAGGCGGGUCGAGGGCUUCCUGCCCGAAGAGUCUGACUCGCUACUCAGGUUCCUGCACGAGCAUAUUCGGAGUCUGGACUUUAGCUGUCGUGUCAAGUGGGAGCCCAGGACUGUCGUGGUCUGGGAUCAGCGGUGCACUGCCCACACCGCGGUGCCGGACUUUCGGGAUGGAGAGCGGAGGCAUAUGGUGAGGAUGAUUCCGUAUGGGACGAAGCCUCAGCCAGCCUUCCCAGAGGUAUACAAAGAAUAG